CGCAUGAGUCUCCUUUAACAAACUACAUGGCAAACGAAACAUCUCGCGAUGCUACAUGGCGUGAAUACCGCGAUAACACCUCUGAGUUGCAAAUCGGUAGCCCAUUGGUUUGAGGACGCUGUUGUAAGAUGGCGCCCAACGGAAUAUGAAUGUAGAGAUUUUCACCACAAUUGGGUGAUCACAGUCUACAGAUAUGAAUAAUUCCAUGGACGGCUCCAGCUCCUAUGAAGAGCUUGUGAGACAGAAAGCUCGAAGCAUCCCUCAGCAUCGCAUGAAGGAGUUUCUGGAGUCCUUGGCCAGCAAAGGUCCUGAUGCCCUGCAGGAAUUCAGCCAACAAAGUGGAGACACUACAACCACCACUACGACCAUGGUCUACCAACAAGAGGCAAACUGCAUCUAUACAGACAGCACAGAAGUGGCUGGGUCACUGUUGGAACUGGCAUGCCCGGUUCAGGUCCAGGUCCAACCGCAGCAGCAGAUGCAGGAGUCCACAUCUCAGCAGCAGUCUGUCCAACAGAAUGCAGAGCAGCAGAUUGUCCAGUUUUAUACUUAUCCUCAGGUGCAGAUUCAAGGACAGCAGCAAGGUCAGAUGCUUGGUCAGGUUCUCCAGGUGCCUGCUGGCUCCCAUCAGCAGCUGCAAGGUGUAACCACUGCACAGCUGAUUCAGCCUGGGGACCUAACAGAGGAACAGCAACAACAGCUGCAAGCCCAGCUUGUGGCCGCUGUGGCAGGUGGACAACAGAUCCAGAUCCAGACCGUUGGUGCCCUCUCACCCACUCAGCAGCAGGACAGUGCAGAGAGAAGGGUUAUGGGGACCACAGUUGCCACAUCCCAAGCAGCAGGGGUCCUGCAGCCAGCCAAAAAGCGUAAGGUGGACAUGCCCAUCACAGUGUCCUAUGCCCUGCCAGGUCAGCAGGUAGCCACAGUCCUGGCUAUCCCCCAGGGUCAGGGGCAGCAGCAAAGUUAUGUUUCCCUGCGGCCAGACCUGCUAACUGUAGACAGUUCCCACCUUUACAGUGCCACUGGGACUAUAACAAGUCCCACAGGUGAGACCUGGACCAUUCCUGUUUACUCUGCUCCUGCUGGAUCUGGAGGCCGUGAGCAGGUCACACAUAUUGCCAUCCCCCAGGAGGCUUAUGGGACGGUGCAGGUGGCAGGGACAAACACUACAACAAUGACCACAAUGCCAACACAAGUAACAGUCGAAAGUGACAAGUUAAAAAGCCCGUCUAGUCAGAGUCAAACUGUGCAGGCGGUUUCCAGCAUAACAAGCUCUGCAGGGAUGAGCACCCAAGAAGAAGUGGUGCACACCCUAGCUGCAAACACACUUUUCCCUGCCCAGCUGAUGAAUGGAAACAUCCACAUUCCCGUAGCAGUACAAGGCUACUCCAACGCCACACAGUCUAUCAUCUGGGACCCACAGCAGCAGGUGUUGCACACACAGGGGCUGCCUGGGCAGGAUGGACAGCAGCUACAGGGUCAGACCGUCGUAGCAGAAGUAGACAUCCAAGGUCAGCAGCAGGUGCAGGUACAGGAGCUACUGCUGCCCGCCACACUGAAACCAGAGGAGGGGCUGGACGUGUGGCGACUCUGGGCUCAGCGGAAAAACGCUGAGCUAGACAAAUCGGACCAGAACAAACUUGCUCCAAUAGGCCGACGACAGGCUCUUCGUUUCCAGGAGGACCUAGUGUCAUGCGCGGUUGCUGAGCUCUGCAUGGGCCUGUCUUUGAUGACAACUGAGGCUCGGGGGCUUGAAGAAGAAUCUUAUGAGGCGGAUGUUCUGUACUACGUAUUUCUAUGCAUACAAAAAUAUCUAUUUGAUAACGGUCGAGUUGACGACAUCUUCUCUGAUCAGUACUAUACUCGUUUCGCCCAGAGUCUUCAUCAGAUUUUGGAACCUUGGAGGCCGUCUGUCCAUCCGCUAGGUUAUGUUAUUCCCAGUCAUGUAACAGAGGAGAUGCUGUGGGAAUGUAAACAGCUGGGAGCUCAUUCCCCAUCAACACUGCUCACAACGCUUAUGUUCUUCAAUACAAAGCAUUUCCAUCUAAAAACAGUGGAGCAGCAUCUAAAACUGGCCUUCUCGAAGGUGCUGAGACACACCAGGAAAAGUCCCAACAAUCCCAAAGACAAGAGCACCAGCAUACGGUACCUGAAGUCAGCAGAGAGGUUCAUCGGACAAAAAGUGACAGAUGACAUGUACUCGGAACAGCUGGAGGACCCUGAGAACCCGCUACGCUGCCCUAUUAAGCUCUACGAUUUCUACCUCUUCAAAUGUCCUCAGAGUGCUAAAGGUCGCAAUGACACCUUCUACCUGACUCCUGAGCCCGUGGUGGCUCCAAACAGCCCCAUUUGGUAUUCAACACAACCGAUUCCCAGAGAGCACCUGGAGCAGAUGCUCACCCGAAUUCUUGCUGUCCGUGAAAUCCAGGAAGCCCUUAACAUGUCGGAGAGCGUCCACUAGUUGGACCGGUGGAGAUGUAAAAACAAAAAAGAACUUCUGUUUUUUAUCACCCAGCCUUUGAAAGCUCAUUAUAACUAGUUUGCUCUUCUUACUCCCACUUCUGUUUUCUUUUUGGGGGUGGCAUGUAUCUGUUUAUAUUAUGUGCCAGCCUAGCUUGGACACAAACUGUAUAUAAACAUAAAAUCAUUACAGAGGAGGAUCUGUCUCAUUGAGGCAGUUGCCUGUUUUUUUGUCUUUUUUUUUUUUUGGCCAAAGGAUUUAAAGUCUAAUCUUUAUUUUUAGUGGACCUAAAUUUAAUUUAAAUGUUAUUCCAACUGUUGGUUCACCCGACCGAUAGUCUGGUAUAAAUGUUAAUUUUCUUGUUUUAAUCUGUAAUAUAUUUCCAAUUGUCACCAUGGUUGGCUUACACUUUGCUGCUUUUCUUUUUUUUUAUUCAUUGUCUGCCUUGGUCACACAGUCUCACGGCGAAAACUUCAGUGGUAUUAGAGAACUGUAUUAGAAAGAUGAUGCUAGAUAUAAAAAAAAAGUCAUGUAAAUCCUUUCUGAUGGUACAUUUCUGGAUUGAGUCAACUGCUCAUUCGGAUAUGGUGAGCUUUUGAGAUUGCUUAAGUGCACCCUCUGCUGGAGCUCGCCUGUAUUGAAUCUUGUUAGAAAAUAAGUCCUUCCAUCUUCUCCCACUUUUCCGUCAGGUUUGCAGUUGGGUCAGUGCCUAUGCCCAUCAGUUUAUAGGCGUAAGGCGUGGUACACCCUGUACAGGUCACCAGUCUGUCGCAGGGCAAUGUAGAGACAUGCACCCAUUCACUCAUACUCACACCUGAGGCCAAUUAACUUAACAGUCAUGUUUUUUGGACUGUGGGAGGAAGCCAGAGAACCCACGCAUGCACGGGGAGAAGAUGCAAACUCCAUGCAGAAAGACCCUGGACGGGGAAUCGAACCCAAAACCUUGCUGCAAGGCAACAGUGCUACAAAGUGCACCACCUUGCAGCCCGGAAAUAAAUCCAGCAUGGAUUUUAUUGCUACUUUCUGGCCCCACCUAAUAGCACUUGCCACAGGGUGAAGGUGUGGCAAAGGAAGCGCUGUGGACGCAAACUUUAUCUUUAAAGGACAUCGAGGAUUAUAGACGGAUCCAACGCUUCAUGUCGACUCUACUCUGAAUGAUUAAAGACUUAGACUGGGUUUUCCCUGUAUGUUCUAUAUUGUAUAAUACCAGUAGUUUCUCCAUGAACUGUAAUGAGUUUCAGUCCUUUAAGGAGAAUGGCAGUGCCUGUGUUUUUCAAACAUGACCUUUUUUGUACAGCCACUACAAAAUGUGUCUGUCUUUGCUGCAAACUGAAACCCGAUUGAUGGGCUUGAUAGUUUUAAUAUGAAAGGAAUAAAAUGGGAAAUUUUAUUGCAA